AUGUCCGGUGUUCAGAGUGCUCCCGAAGCUUCAAAGCCCAGUUCUGAAAAUGCUGCAAAAGUUUCGGCAGACGCUUCCUCCGAAGUGAAACAAUCAUCCCCCGCUCCUGCUGGCGCGUCAGAUUCGGCCGCCCCCUCAGACACCGCUGCACACCCUGCUGGCGCUUCGAACUCCGAGUCUGAACCCAAAAAGGCUGCUGCCAAAGCCCCACCGGUGCGCUUGGCCCCCGCUCCGGUGCCUACGAGCUCCCCAUGGAAGGCCACUGUGCGCGAUGCCAAACCCGUACAAAUUCCUGCUGCUGCUGCACUUGAGACCUCGCGCAAGGAGUCUAAGAAGGAGCCUGCUCCUAAGGAUCGUCCUAAGAAGAACACUGGUAAGGAAAAAUGGAUGCCUUACACCCCUGUCGUCAUUACCACACCACCAGGUGGAACUUCUGGGCAGUCCAAGCCCAAGCAAAAGUCCCGUUCCAAGCAGGGUGGCAACCGCAAGCAUGGUAAUCACAGCAACCACCAUCAUAAUAAUAACAACAAUGGAAACGCUGCCCAGGCUAACGGUAACGCUAGCGGUAGCUCUUCGGCCCACGCAUCUGCCUCCUCGAAUACUGACGGAGCCAGCCAGAGCCAGUCUAAUGCCCAGAAUGCUUCCAAACAAAACUCCACCUCCAAUAACUCGGCCAGUAACAACGGCUCUGCUGGACAGCAUCACCACCGCUCUCACAACAACCAGGGCAACUCUCACAACUCGAACUAUCGCCGCGGCAACCAAAAUAAAAAGGAUAAUGAUUCUCAUGCCAAGCAGGUUUACCAACAGGCUCCCGUUGCGGCUUCUCCCUAUGAUAUCGCCCUCGGCAUGCUUGUUCAGCAGAUGGAGUACUACUUCAGUAUUGAGAACCUCUGCAAGGACAUCUAUCUCCGUCGCCAGAUGAACAGUAAAGGCCUGGUUCCUAUUUCUGUGUUGGCAAACUUUAAUCGUGUUCGAUCUCUCUCCAAGGGUGACUUGAACCUCGUCGUCAUGGCUUGCCGAUGGGCUCCUUCUGCCGAGGUCGUAGGCGAGAAGGUCCGUUUGCGUAAAGACUGGUCUCAGUGGGUCCUCCCUCCUAACGAGCGCCUAGACCAGGGUCUCAACGAGGCGGAUGAUGAAGAGGAAGAUGCUCCUAAAUUCCAGGUUGAGUCUGCCGUUCCAUUUAUUCCCAAAAGCCGUUAA